AUGCCGGCCGUUCUACAAUCAACAAUCAAUCUCCUGGAAAGUGAGCUGGUCAAAGCCCGCGCUGCCCUCCGGGAUAUCCAACCCAAUGCCUCGCCCUUUGGAUUUCGGAGCGAGGACAUCGCCGUAGGCGCUACAGCUGCGUACAGACGAGAUCUCAUCGGCCGUGCACCUGAUUUUUACGGGUCUCGCCGCUUAACGCCCAAGGAACUCGGCCUGGAGCACGUCGUACAUGAACUACCCACGGAACGUGCGGUGUCAAAGGUGCACUCUAUAGCAACCGCAGCCCCUCAGCGAACGGGAUUAGAGGAUGUCCUAAGCUAUAGCCUGAUCCUCGACCAGAUGGCACCACAUCUAUCAGUGUCCUCGUUGAUGACGUUAAGCUCAGUCUCACGCCGCCUCUACACCGCCAUCACUCAAACACCAUAUGUAUUCCGGCAUCUUGAUCUGUCCCGCUGCCGGGGCGCAAAACUUUCUGCGGCAACACAAGCGGAGAAUGACCCCCAGAUGGAGGAUGAGAUUUACUCCGCCCCAUUGAAGCUUAUUUUUACAAGCCUUCAGGACAGAGGUAUACUGCAAGAUGUACGCACUCUCAUCUUGGAUGGGGUAUCCGUCCCGGCUGAUCUGGUGGCCGAUAUCCUUUUGACGGAUCGCUUUAAUGUCAAUAUCCUGUCUAUUCGCGAAUGUCGCCAUCUCAACGAACGCAAGCUCAUGCAGGUCAUUCAGCAUGCUGUUCGGCCUACACGUCCGGCGGGUACGCCGCGAGUGAAGGGGAUCUAUCAUUUCUCUCCCAUUCACACGGGCCCUCGGGCAGUGGCACGGCCCCGAUACCGAGACUGGUGGGGAAGCCGCGUGCGAAAUUCGCAGACACAUAACCAAAUCCGAUCCAAUUCUGAGCAGGAGGACGGGGCCUCCGCGGGAUCACCAUCGAUAGAGCAGCAAAACGAGUGGUAUAGUGCAACAGGGAAGCUUUUCAAGCACACUCCUGGGGAAGGAUGGGCACAGGUGCUCAAGAAGUGUGAGGGCAUUAUUGCCUUUGAUGCUACUCUUUGUCGUGGCCCGAGACACGAUCCCAAUCUGUACAGUUCGACCACGGUGGAGGGCACCUCAGCUGAGGCUCCGUUGCUCGGACCCGCCGUGGCCACCGUAGCCCUCGGACCCCGUGGAUGUGACAGAUGCCACAGUUCCCCCGAAGGUCCAGCUAUUUGGAGCCAGUCUCCGGAUCUACAAUUUCCGAUGCUCAGCCCCCCGCCAUUGCACUCAUCUAGCGUUGCAGCGGCCAAACGGCCCAAGCUAAUUCCAGGCGAGUAUCCAAUCCUCAUUGCCCGCUGCACGGACUGCCUUACCAACUGUUGGUGCCAUCGGUGCAACAAAUGGUUCUGCGGAAACUGUCUACCAAACCCACACCGUGUUCAAGUAAACCUGUCUCCGCAUCAGACUGCAGUCCACGCCACUGCCGCUGAACUGCAAGAACGCGAGGUAUGUUGA